AUGACUCAAGAACGAGUCCUUGAAAUCAAAGAUCAAAACGAAAUUCGAAAUUACUUCACUGCAUUGCAACUGUCAAAUCAAUCAAUAUCCACUCUGGAAUCACUUCAACCCCAAGACCUCUCCGAUCAACUAGUCUACCUGACCAUCCAAAUAAUUGAUGUGUUGGAUUAGGACGUCUUCAUAGGAGCUGUUUCCUAAAACAAUCAAGUCGUCAUCUACCCAUUAGGUUGUGAAUCCCCAGUUGAUGGAUAACCUCUCUAUUUUGACAAAUAAGCCUACACAGCAUGCAUCCUAGAUCCCAAUCAUCUGUACAAACCUACCAAAUCAAUUGUCACUCUCUACUCCAACUUCAACGAUCCCAUCAAACCAAAAAUAUUCAACAAAUUCAAUAUCCUUGCCCUCAAACACCAAUACGAAGAUGAAAUCUACUUCAAUGUCAUCAAAUACAUCCAACCCACAUUCAAUAAUCAAAUCAACAAAUUGCAACUCUACUAACAACUAAUCAAUAACUUCAAUCUCACACUCAAAGAUCCUUUGGCCUCAGAACUAUUGGCCUUGCACCUACUCUCCUCCUCCAAAUAUGAAACCUAUGCUGAAGGUGCCAGGUAAAUAUUCAACAUUUAUGGGCUGUCUAAAAACGAUGCUGAAAACCUCAAAUCUGUCCUACAAUCCAUCUAUUCCCCUACACUCUAUAUUCCCCUUGAAUACGAGUAUUUGGCCAAUAUUGAAACUCUAUCCAAAAAGAAUUUCGAUGAAAACACCAUUUCACAAGGACUCCUUUGCAUUCCCACUAAUAUCAACUCUCAAAUCGUAGUAGAUGAAACAUUGAUGAAGGAGGGCUAAAUUUCAGGAAAGACAGUAUAAAAUCUCUAAAACAUCCAAAAAUUUAUUUAACAUUCCAAAAUUGGAAUCGACUUCCAAUACUCUAUGGUGGAAGUACCAGUCCAAACGAAUGUACUCAUACUUUCAACUGGGAAGAGUUUUAUAUAAACUGCCGAUUCAAUCAAAAUUAAUCCACAGGUUCCCACUCAAAAUACACCCAUCAAUUAUCAAGGAUUAGAAGAGUUUGUUAGUUAGGUUCAUUAACAAUAAUAACUAUUGAAUAUUGAUGAGGAAUUGAAAAAAAAAAUAAAUUCAAGGUAUAUUGAAUUAAGAUAACUGAAUGAUUUGAAAAUUGAUGUCAAUAACUUGAAUAAUUGGAUCUUGCAGAUGAAAAUAUUGAGUGUAAUCAAGUAGGAAGAGUCCAAUUACAACAAUUUUGAAUAUGCUGUCAACUUGGACAUUGAAAGAAUCAAAAGAAACAUGUGA